AUGCCGAAGAAAGCCAUUGACUCGCGGAUACCCGCUUUGAUUCGUAAUGGCGCGCAAGAAAAGAAACGAAGCUUCUUCGUGGUCGUUGGCGAUCGCCAGAAAGAUGUCAUAGUCAACCUGUACCACAUCCUGCUGAACGUGGACGUGAAGCUCAACAAGUCGGUUCUUUGGGCAUACAAGAAGCAGCUUUUGGGUUUCUCAAGUCACCGCAAGAAGCGCGAGAAGAAGAUCAAGAACGAAGUAAAGCGUGGGAUACGCGAUAUCGAUACGGAAGACCCCUUCGAACUAUUCGUCUCAACGCAAAACGUCCGAUAUGUUUACUAUAAGGAGACCGAGAAGAUUCUGGGUAACACAUACGGCAUGUGCAUAUUGCAGGACUUCGAGGGUAUCACGCCGAAUCUGCUCGCCCGGACAAUAGAAACCGUCGAAGGAGGUGGACUUGUGAUUCUAUUGCUUAAGGGCAUGAACAGCUUGAAGCAGCUGUACACAUUAUCCAUGGACGUCCACUCGCGGUACCGGACUGAAGCGCAUAGCGAUGUGGUCGCGCGCUUCAACGAGCGCUUUAUACUGUCAUUGGGGAAAUGCGACUCGUGUUUGGUCGUGGACGACGAGCUGAAUGUGCUUCCCCUCUCAGGCGGCAAAAGCGUUAAGCAACUGCCGCCACCGGACCCGGAAGCUGAAGGUAAGACACCGAAGGCAAAGGAGUUGGAAGAGAUCAAAGAAUCCUUGGCAGACACGCCGCCGGUCGGUGAUUUGGUCAAGCUUGCGAAGACCGUAGAUCAAGCGAAAGCACUGCUCACAUUUGUCGAUGCAAUUUCGGAGAAAACACUGCAGAGCACUGUGACUUUGACUGCUGCUCGUGGUCGCGGAAAGUCUGCAGCGCUGGGUGUUGCUGUAGCUGCCGCGGUCGCCCACGGCUAUAGCAACAUCUUCAUUACCUCGCCUAGUCCGGAGAACUUGAAAACGCUUUUUGAGUUCGUUUUCAAGGGUUUCGAUGCGCUUGGAUACAUGGAUCACCAAGAUUACACCAUCAUGCAAUCGACGAACCCGGACUUCAACAAGGCUAUCGUGCGCGUCAACGUGCACCGACAACACCGACAGACCAUUCAGUACAUUCAGCCCCAGGAUGCAUACACCCUUGGCCAGGCUGAGUUGGUUGUUAUCGAUGAAGCGGCGGCGAUACCGUUGCCUCUGGUACGAAAACUGAUGGGACCGUAUCUCGUUUUCAUGGCAUCCACAAUCAACGGUUACGAAGGCACUGGACGAUCAUUGUCAUUAAAGCUCAUUCAACAGUUGCGAGAACAAUCUCGAGGGCGAGCAAAUGGAGCCGACCAUGUCAUCGACCGCUCGACGGGCAAGGAGUCGAAGGAUGGCACCGAGACCUCGAUGGCUGGUCGCUCGCUGCGCGAAAUCACACUCUCGGAACCUAUUCGUUAUGCCCAGGGCGACUCUGUAGAGCGAUGGCUCAACGACGUGCUCUGCCUUGAUGCCACUCUUCCACGGUCAAAGAUGAACACUCAGGGAUGCCCGCAUCCGUCCGAAUGUCAGCUUCUCCAUGUUAAUCGCGAUACCCUAUUCUCCUUCAAUCCAGCAGCAGAGAAGUUCUUGCAGAAGAUGAUGGCCCUCUACGUCGCGAGUCAUUACAAGAACUCACCUAAUGACCUUCAACUUAUGUCGGACGCCCCAGCACAUCAGCUAUUUGUCCUCGUCCCACCAGUAACAGAGGAUAACAAGCUUCCGGAGCCACUUUGCGUGGUGCAGGUAGCACUUGAAGGCCAGAUUAGCAGAGAGAGCGUGCUCAGCAGUCUUAACAGAGGACAGCGCGCCGGUGGUGAUCUCAUACCUUGGAUUGUCUCCCAGCAAUUCCAGGAUGAGAACUUUGCAGGACUUUCAGGCGCACGUGUAAUACGGAUAGCAACAAACCCCGACUACACCAACAUGGGCUACGGUUCACGAGCACUGGAGCUUCUUGUUGACUUCUACGACGGCAAGCUUGCGAGCCUUUCGGAAACAGAGCCAAAGGAACUCGAAGGCAUGCGGAGAGUGACUGAGGAAGAGCUGGAAAGCGCGACACUCCUGAAGGACGAUGUGAAGGUCAGGGAAGCAAAGGACAUGCCUCCACUUUUUGCUCGACUACCGGAACUCAAAGCACCUCAGCUCGACUAUGUCGGCGUUUCAUACGGUUUAACGCCUCAACUACACAAGUUCUGGAAACGAGCUUCAUUUGUUCCCGUAUAUCUUCGACAAACGGCCAACGAGCUCACAGGAGAGCACACCUGCGUCAUGCUGCGGUCGCUCGAGACAACGACCUCGGACGGCAGCUGGGUGGCCGCCUUCGCCAAGGACUUUCAAAAACGAUUCCUCUCUCUCCUCUCCUACCAAUUCCGCACAUUCCCUGCCGUUACCUCCCUCUCAAUAGACGAGUCCGCCUCCGCAGGCUCAAAGCUAGACGUCGACCUCGCUCCCAGACCCAUCGCGAAAGCAGAACUAGACAACCUCCUCAGCGCCUACGACCUCAAGCGCCUCGAUUCGUACGCCAACAACAUGCUCGACUACCACGUUAUCCUCGACAUGCUGCCCAAGAUCGCAGAGCUUUAUUUCACGGGCCGACUCAAGGGUCAGGUCAAGAUGAGCGGUGUGCAGACUGCGAUUCUACUUGCAAUCGGGCUGCAGCGGAAGGAGUUCUCAGACGUGGAGAAGGAACUUGGGCUCAGCAAUAGUCAGCUGCUAGCCAUGUUUGUCAAGGUCAUCCGUAAGGUCGCCACUACGUUCCGCGGCAUCGUCGAAGGCGCUAUCGAAGAGACGAUGCCGGAGGCUAUGGAGGUAGAGCAUGACGGUGUGGAUGGCGAUGCAGAAGGCGGUGCUGCGCGCUUCAAGCCGCUCGAGAAGGACCUCGAUGAGGAGCUACGGGAGGGCGGUGAUGAGGCUCUGCGAGAGGAGCGCGAAAGGGCGAAGGCGAUGAUUGAUGCGCUGCCGCUUGGGAAGUACGAAAUCGGAGCCGGAGCAGCCGACUGGACCGACGCAGAGCGCCAGGUCCGUGAUGCGGCGAAGAAAGGCGGAGCGGUGAGCUCCACCGUCAGCGUCAAGACGGGCAAAGCCAACAAGCGGAAAGCGGGCGAAGCCGUGGACGAGGCAUACAAGGAAGCGGAGAAGUUCAAGGAGGGCGGCAAGAAAAAGAAGAGCAAGUUUGCGAAGGGGAGAUAG